UGUUCCCAAAAGAUGGCGUUUUGCUAGCAAUGACUUGAUUACUUAUGACACUUGCCGACCACUUUUGCUGCUGUUGUACUGUUUAUGUUGUGGUCCUAAAAUCAUAUCUUUAGCUAAUGGAGGAAUUACGAAAAUAUGUGGCUUGUCUUUUACAGCGAGUGGAUGGCCUCCUGGCUAUUGUUAUAACGGAUCGAGAUGGUGUCCCUCUAGUCAAAGUGGCACUUGAUUCUGCACCAGACAUGGCCCUAAGGCCAAGUUACCUUUCAACAUUUUCAGCCAUGGCUACAGAUCAAGCUGGAAAGCUCGGUGUGGGGAAAAAUAACAAGAUAAUUUCAAUCUAUUCAAAUUAUCAGGUCAUCCAAAUGAAUAAACAACCCCUGACUAUCAACCUAAUUGCCACCAAGACGGCCAACACUGGACAGCUGGUCAACUUGGAAAAUGACUUAUCAGUAGUUGUUAAUGAUCUAGCUCAAGCAGUUGUUGAAACUUGAGAAGGAGAAACUCAUUUUGAUCAAUGUUACAAUUUUCAUCAUAUCUGAAGGCGUAUAUAUUCUUUGACCUUAUCUGUCAGUUAGAUCAAAUAUCAUCGUUGCUGAUAGAGCCGUGGCCAAUGGAGUUGUUAGUCAUCCGAUACCAUAUGGCAAAAACAAAACGAACGUGUCUAAUUACACUUGAGAAA